AUGGAUGCUGGUGGUGUUGUUCGUCGAGUUGUUAAUAAACCACGAGAUGUUAUUCCUCGAAAUCCAGCGAUUAAUCCUGAUACAUUAUUAGAUGUGCCAGAAUUUAAUUUUACAUAUAAUGAUUCUGAUACAAUACAUGCUGAAAUAUCUGAGUUAUAUACUUAUUCAGAAGAACCGGAAUUUGUUUGGAAUGCUGAAGCAUUUAAUAUCUUAUUUCAAGCUAAAUAUGGUGAAAAUAAAAAAUGGAAAGAAUAUUCAAGAGAAGAUAAAAUUGAUUUUAUUAUUUAUUUAUUGGAACAAUGUGAACUUGUAGAUCGAACUCGAAGAUGUCAAGCAAUGAGAGCUAUUUUAUAUCUUGUACAAGGUGUGUUUUAUCAAUGUUCCGAUGUUGAUGAAUAUAUGUUAAAUGCUAAAGAAAAUGUUUUAUUAUUAUAUACAUGUGAUGGUGUUCACAUAUUUGUAGAUUUAUUUAAUAUGGAAUUAAAUCAUUUAUGUAAUGAAAAUAAUAUGAAAACAGCAAAUAAAAAUUUAAGUGAUAAUCAAGAAAUGAGAGUUAUUAUUAGUAUACUUUAUACAAUGAUUGAAUUUGCACGACAAAUAAAUGAAAAUGCAGAUGAACAAUGGAAAAGUUUUCAAGAAUUAUUAAAACAUGAAUUAUGUAAGAUGCACAUAGUACUUCAUUGA